UAAGCUCCGAACUAUAUCACAGAGAAAGGUCUGGAUUCCAAAGUGUAGAGGGUAUAUUGAUUGUUUUGACUGAGAAGUUGUCCGGUCUUUGGAUUGUUUAAUUUGUUUGGAUUCCUAGCUUGCUGUGUAACAUGACAGAGAGACCAUUCGCCUAAAUGCAUCCUUAUCUGGAUGUGGGUUGUAAUGUCCACCACCCAAAGAUGAGUCCCAUUUUCUUGUGGUUCGAUUAAACUAUGGUGUGCUAGUUUUGCACUCGUAAUGAACGUAGGGGUUGCACACAGUGAGGUGAACCCUAAUACCAGGGUAAUGAACAGCCGAGGAAUGUGGUUAGCAUAUGCUCUUGGGGUGGGAAUGCUUCAUGUUGUUCUUCUUAGCAUUCCAUUCUUCAGUGUUCCAGUUGUAUGGACCUUAACAAAUGUCAUACACAAUUUGGGAAUGUAUGUAUUUUUACAUGCUGUAAAAGGCACACCUUUUGAAACUCCAGACCAAGGCAAGGAUAGACUGCUGACUCACUGGGAGCAAUUGGAUUAUGGUGUACAGUUUACGUCUUCACGGAAGUUCUUGACAAUCUCUCCUAUAGUUCUGUAUUUCCUGGCAAGCUUCUACACAAAGUAUGAUUCUACACAUUUCAUCAUAAACACAGCUUCUCUACUAAGUGUUCUCAUACCUAAACUACCACAGUUGCAUGGUGUAAGAAUCUUUGGUAUCAACAAGUACUAAACUGGACAUGUUGGACCUCAUUGACCAGUUUAUAACUACUGUUCUUGUUUGCACCGAAAAGGAACACGCAGUCUGCUGUAUGUUAUACAUGUUGGAAUAAACUGAGCAGGUAGUACAGUAUGUGUAUACAGUAAUUGCUAAUUUUACUUUUAUGCUAUUGAAAGAAAAUUGGCUGUAGACUUUUUUGCAGGAAAAGAAGACUGUGAGGUUCUUUGAAAUGGGGCAAAAAUGUUAAAAGAUGCCCUAAAAUAAGUUGAUGAAGGCUUCCCUUCCAGUGAACUGGGCUGGCCAUGUUCUGAACACUGCUGAAUGGAUGUGUUUUUUUGCCUGUCCUACAUUGACAUGGUGCCAUUCUGGCAUAGGUGACAUUUCAUGGAGGACCCCCAAGCGCAUUGUUUGUAAAUGCAGGCAGGUUUCCAGUAGUUACAACCAAAAGUAGAGGUGAUGUAAGAACGUUACAGAUUAGCUGUAAUCUUUUGAAGAAAGUAAUUUAGAAAAUGAAAAUGAAAUCUUUAUUUUUACAAUGAAGCAGAGUCUAGAAGGAAGUCAUUAAAAUUACCAUUAGUGUUUUGUGGUAAAUUGCAUUCAUGCUAUUUUGCAGAAAUUAGAUUUUCCUCAGGUUAACAAACUGAAUUUCAGACAGCACAUUUAAUUUCUUACCGGUUUAGUAAGUAGAUUGAAGUCCUGAUUUUCUGGAAAUCCGUAAGUUUAUUAUUGUGUGUACUGUUUGUAGCAGUGUAUGCUUAGUGAUGUCAUAAGCUGUGUAAAAUUGUUUAAAAUGCAAAGUUUGUUUUAUUAUAGCAGUCCUAGAUUGCUUUGGUUGUCUGCAGAGACGAUUUGUAAAUUAAACUUUAAUUUUCUGUAUUUAUAAUCUUGUACCAUGGCUGGUAUUUGUUUUGUAUUGAAUGUGUUGUAUUAAGUAAGUGAUGGACAUUUGAGCAAAGUUUCUGUUGUAGCUGAAAUCAGGUUCAUUAAGAUUUUCAAGUUCAUCAAUAAAUGCAAAAGAUUAUGGUCUUAA